AUGAACGCGCGUUUAAACAUGAGCCUUGAUGCGAACAAUGAUAUCGUCGAUGAUCUUUCCUCCGGAGACAGCAAUCACCCCCAGACGCCCGCAAGCUGCACGCUUUGCCGCCGCCGCAAGGUGAGGUGCGACCGCACCAUUCCUUGUGGUAAUUGCCAGCGGUCAAAAGCCGAAUGCGUCCCAUUCAUUCCUUCACGGGUAGCACGAGGAAGGCAAGGCGGAAGGAAGAGAAAGAGAGAGGAGGGAGAACUACUGGAGCGAAUUGCGAAAUUGGAGGGCUUGGUCAGAAACAUCGAAGGACAUGAAACGCCACAAAGCGAGCAAGAGAGGACGACUGGCGAGGGUACUGUUGAUGCUACCAGUGCCAAGGCAAGCAGUACACCUCGGGGGGUUUACCACCGAACCCAACCUGCAGCGCCACGGCUAGACAAGUAUCUGGCAAGUUCGUUCUGGGUGAGUCUGAGCGAAGAAAUUCAUGGGCUGAAGGACGUGUUCGGCGGAUCAUCGGAUGAUGGAGACGAAGACGAGGGCGAGCUGACGCCCUCAUCGGACACCUUGAGCUUGGGUCAGCAACACCUGCAACCGUCAAACCAUUCGGGAUUUGCAAUUUUCGGUACAGCGAUCGCCGCGGAUGUCAUUCCUCCAACACCCCAUCAGGUCUACACAUUCUGUGACAUAUACUUGGCCAAUGUUGACCCAAUAUUCAAAGUUUUACAUGGCUCAUCCUUGCGCAAAUACCUGCAAGAGAACGCUGAAGGACUUGAUUGCAGUCCAGGGCGCGGGGGACUAGAUGCAUUAAGAUUCGCCGUCUACUACGCUGCCGUUACAAGUAUGGAUAGUGGGGAGUGCAGACAUCGAAUCGGCGAAGAUAGGACAAUACUGUUGGCAAGAUACCGGACAGGAAUCGAGUCAGCAUUGGUGAAGACGGACUUCCUAAACACGGUCGAAAUGUCGACCUUGCAGGCAUUGGCUAUAUAUCUGGUAUCUGUGCGUGCCAAUGAUAGCAGCCGUCUUAUGUGGACGCUCACAAGCCUUGCAGUCCGCAUAGCUGAGGCUAUGGGUUUGCAUAACGACAGCACUGCUUCGUUUUUUCGACCCUUUGAGCAUGAAAUGCGACGGCGCUUAUGGUGGCAGAUAUGUGACCUCGACUCUCACGCAGCCGAUGACCGUGCGUCAAGUACCGUAAUUGCCGCUGACUCCUUUAGCACGAGAUUGCCUCUACACAUCAAUGACGAGGAUAUAAGUCUCAACUCAUUCGAGGAAGUGAAAGAAAGGGAAGGUUACACGGACAUGACCUUUGCACUGAGCUGUAACGAGGUGUUGGACGCGACAAGGAAAUUAUCAUACGUACCCGCAAGGGAAGUCGCUCAUUCCCAGGCCAGAUCUGAAGAGGUGCGGGGCCAGCGGGUAGACACUGUCAUCAACCUGCAGCGGCACAUUGAAGAGAAAUAUCUGCGUCAUCUCGACCCGACUCGUCCAUUUCACUGGUUUACAAGGAUGGUAGGAGACGUCACUAUUGCCAUCCUGUGGCUUUUCGUUUACCGGCCUAUGAAAAGACGCCCGGGUAGUGUCCCCUCAUCUCAGAUUGCGCAUCCAGACAUCCUUCGGCUUUCGGUCGAUGUCCUCGAGAGAGCCCGUCAACUGGAAACAGAUCCAGCGGUAAGUCCGUUCAGAUGGCUGUGCCAAACUUAUGUGCAAUGGCACCCUUUAGCAGUGACCAUUGCUGAGCUGUGUGUCAAGACGGAGGGCCCAAUGGUCGAGAGGGCAUGGGCGGUCGUUGAGACCGCUUUCCAGCAAAUGGCGCAGCACGUGGCGGAUUCGAACAAGGGCAUGCUUUGGCGGCCAAUCAAGAAGCUGAUGAACAGGGCACGAGGAGUGAGACAGAAGCACCUCACCUCUCGCUCCGCAAUUACGACCCCUUCAUCAUCACUAGCGGCCUUGAAUAAAAUCGAACAGAAGGGCCCUUCGAUCAGCACGGCGUAUUCUAAUCUUGAGAUCAAGGGCUAUACACAGUGGCCGACGAAGAGUAUGACGCCUCCCAUCCUAGAAUAUCAGCAGGCCAAUCCCAUUGCAACCUCGGAACCCUUCGAUUGGGAUCCCUGGCUUACCGCUGCGACGACCCAGAGCCAGUAUAACACUAACAUGGACGAUAUGGCAUGGACGAAUUGGGAAGACUUCAUAGACGAUUUUCAAGCACAAGGUGACACGGCAUGA